CCCAACCCAUCCCCAACCAUCCCUUAUGCUCGAUGAGCCACGAUGAAGCUCAGCGCUGGAAAAUGGCAUUUCCAGCUAAUGCUACUGAUGGAAAAUAUUCAAUUGCUACACCCACUGCAUACCGGCAUUUCCUGAUGAACCGAACUGGUGCUGGGCGGAAGAGACGCAUAACAAUCCAAUUCAAUAGUCACUUCCCACGAGGUUGAGCGUGCGGAGCAGUCCAGGUCCAGACACUGGGCAUUAACUGUUUUCAGUUCAUUUGCGAUUACCAUCAUCGUCCGGCUGCAUGGCACGGCACAAAACUGUCCACUUGAAGUGGGCAAAGGCCUUUAAACAACAGACCGGUGCGCUGCGAAAAAGCUGCCGCUUGCCAAUGAGCACCAAUAAUUGGUCAUUUCAAACACAGAUUUUCACUGGAAUGGCCGCCAUCGCUUACGAAUACUGAUUGCGAAAUUAUCCGGCUGCUGGCUGGCUUCGAAGGCAGCAAAACCCUCCGGUUCGUUGUCGUUUGCGAAUGCAAAUCUCGCAUUUGCACCCGCCAGCAACGCGAAAAGAGUUGCUCAAGAAUACUCUUAAAACAGAACUCUGCUUUCCUUGCACAAAUUACCCAUCCAUUGGUGCUUUUUACGAUCAAUAAGUGCGUAUUUUGCAUUAGCUUGCCACUGCUCAUUGGGUGCCGAGAUUGUACAGCACAGCAGCGCAGGGCACGCUCGAAGGUUUGGCGAAAAAAUCAAAAAUCCCGUCGCAGCUUUUAACAACGCCAUAAAAUGAUUGUAUCAAUUGUUGACUUAAUCGUGCGUGUAAUUUUCGUAGUGCUGAGACAGUGCUGUGGUUGAGACGGAGUUAAAGGAGUCCAUUUUUUGCAUUAUAAAAUUUAAUUCUUCAUUUUCAUACUUGAAAAAAAAAAUAAAUAAUCGUUAAAAUGUUUAAUAAGAUCAGAAUCAUUUUCAACGCCCAGCAACGGCGCCGGGUUUCAUACGGCAGAACCGGGGUUCAAAUCCCAUCCGGACCGAUCGCCCUUAGUGAGGACUGACUAUCCAACUACGUGAUAUCAUUAAAUCUAGUAAGCCAUGAAUGGCAGGUAUGACCUAAGAGAGCUCGUAAGGGCAAGCAGAGAGAAAGAGAGAGAGAGAGUCUGUGAAUCGUUGCUUAGUGGACAUAUACAGGCUUGACGUUAAACACAGCAACACGGUAAACUAACGCUUUGGUUUGUUUUGCCCAAAGAGCCCAAAAUUAAACUUUAUGAAGAAAAUAACACAAUAUUAAUAAAUAUUUGAAAUUCUCGGAGGCACUCCAUCAUGAGGGAAGAGAAUCCUGCUUACUGGGCCCUCUAUUGCGAUAGAUAGCGGAUAGCGGAGGCACUCCAUCAUGAGGGAAGAGAAUCCUGCUUACUGGGCCCUCUAUUGCGAUAGAUAGCGGAAGACCUCUUUAUUUGUGGACCAGCAACUAAGGCCAUAUGUCCUUAUACUACUUCUCUUAUACUUUAUCAAGAGCAUUUAUAGCUUUUCCAGCUUCGUACAUUUGCCAGCAAGGUCAUCGACAUAGACUUAAGCAGCAUCAAACGACGCUUUUCGAUGUUGACCAUAUAUUUGAUUGAGACUGGCUAUCCAGCUGUGGGUCAAUUAAGCCAAGAAGACAAGAAGAGUUAUUCCUCGUUCACAUGCUGCAGAUGAGAUUCGACCCAUAGCCUUCGGUGUCCCGAAUUAACCGAAAGCGUAAGCGUCACUAGCUGCGAUAAAAUUAUCUCACGUGAUGCUAGUUCAGUGAUUAUCCUUUUCAUCAAGAGUUUGAGCUCUGAAACCCUACAGGAAUCACAAUCCAGUUCUGCACAUUUAAAGCUUCACGUACAAUUCUUUAAAGCACUGAAGUUGACGUUAAACUUUGCCAUUACAAGAGUACACCUUAUUCCACCGAUUGCAAAGAAAAACAGCUACAAAGCGGUAUGGUGAAGGAUUUCUCCGAGCCACAAGCUAAGUAAUUGAAUAUGCAACGUCUAAUUCGUAACAAAGCUUUCACGAAACAGAUACCGAUAGCUCGUGCAGAUAAACAGAGGGAAAGUACUCAUUUGCAGAAUGAAUCAUUUACAUACGAUGAUUUGCGUUCAGUCGGGUUAGAGAUUAUCUGGAAACGCUUUGCAUUGGAGGGCAUUCUAAAUAAUCACAAACAAAAAACCGCAAGCCAAUAUUGAAAUUAUUCAUUUGAAUUUGAUGGCUUCCCGUAGCAAUCUCUAUUAUUUUAUAUUGAACCCACAGGAACAAUCGCAGUGCAGGGGUGCAUAAUGACAGAUUUUUAUUUCGACAGCGAGAUUGUGAGCUUCGGUUCGAAAACAUUACUUAAUUACUUUCCUACCAAGCAUAACCGCACGCACAUUCUCACCUCCACACCAAGUUACUUUAACUUUUUCCAAAGCACACACACACCCAACUAUCGAACCACUAAAUUCACUAGCCAUCGAACAAUCGACCGCGGGCCCGGAGAAGGUGGUGGGAGUUCUCCACAUCCAUUAACUACAUCUGUCCCGACUCUGCUUCAACGCCAGAACUUAAUCAAAACGUAAACUUUCCAAACACACCCAACACUCGCCACGGCUCUCGCCACCGCCAUUCGAACUCAUUAAGCUGCCCAUUUGUUCUGGUUUCUUCGCUCUGCUUGUCUUCCACAUUAAGCAGCCAGGAUGGUCCAACUCCAGCGAACUGCAUUUGAAAGUACGUUCCAUUUAAACUUUCCUUCCGCCUUGCUUACUUUUCGUGGAACUGGUCCCACUCCUUGAGUCCGGUUCCGGACUUCCCGGAGCCCGUGCUGCUGGUCAUUAUUUCAUUUUUGUUUAAUUAAAUUUUCAUCUACUCCGUCGACGUGUGUAUGUGUGUGUGAGUGGUUGAGCUGGCCUGAGUGCUAAUAGUACCAUGAAAAAUGUAUAGGACAGGCAUGCAAUCACACACACCUCUCGACAAGCGUACGGCCUAAAACACUUGACCGUAGCCGACGGUAGACCUCUCUGCCCGGUGCAGUCUCGUUUGGUCGAUGCAAAGUGGUGUAUGCAUAAACUAACCCGUUCCGGACACCGUCCUUCCCACCACCAAACAGCUGACAAUCGAUGGAAAACGAAUUCUUCACAGUUGAAAAGGGUUUUUGCUGGGGUAUAUUCAUUUUUCCCGAUUCCACCUGUCACUAACGUAUCACGCCAUCGAGAACGAUUUGUGGGAGCAGAACUCGAGCACCGGUUGGCAACACCACCUACACAGAAACAACCCCAUCAGCAAAUCGUUUACGUCCGGUAGCAAUUAAUGUUUGAUUUCAAUUUUAAAACUCUCCCCACAGCCAGGUCCAUUCCCGCUUUGCGCCAACGUAGAACUGGAGAAACCCUAACCAUUUCCGGUACUGUACCACAGCUCGGGGGGAUAAACACAUACAAACACACACACACACACACACACACAUCUUCAUAACCUGCCGACCCGUCAAGUGUGAAAAGGUUCCGAACCGGGUGAAAGAUCUAACGAGUUCUGGUUGUCUCUUCCCUGGCGCUUCUUAUCUUCCCGACGACCCAGCGGGCGGCAUGGGCAAGGUGCAGGCGCAAAACUACGAUGAUUACGACCGGAUACGAUACUUUUACUACAUCCGGCCACCCCAAACGCCCGUCCCGAAGGACUGGUGGAUCGAUCCGAUGGCAACCACCACCGAAUCCGUCACCACGCUCAGUGCGAGCGAAGAGACGACGCUGCUCCUGUACGACAUCUUCAUACCGCUGCUCGGUUCACUCAUCAUAAUACUCAACCUGAUCGUGGUCGUGUCCGGUGUGCUGCUGCUGCGAAAAGGCCAGCAACCGUACACCACGUACAUGUUUCUCGGCAACGUAGCCGUGUCGGAUUUAUUGACGGGCUUUGCCGUCAUCUUUGGCCAGUAUGCGCCGCGCGGACGACGUGCCGAGGAAAACUGCACACUAAUGAUAGGUCUCAUAGUAUCUACGUCGCUGGUCUCGGUGUACAGCGUGGGACUGAUAGCGAUCGAUCGGUACCUUUACAUCGUGUACGGGUUGCAGUACCAGCGCUACCUGACUCGUACCCGGGCGCGCAUACUGAUUGCGGCCACCUGGCUGUUGGGAGCCACAAUCGGAUUUCUGCCCGCGUUCGGUUGGCGCGGCGAUACGGACGGUGGUCGAACGUGCUGGUUCAUCCGGUUGGCUCCGCCGGGUUUGGUGAUCCUGACGGCGGUCCUCGGUAUACUGCCGGUCGUGCUCGUCAUCAUACUGUACGGUAUCAUCCUGCAGAAGGCACUGCGCCGCGUCAACCAGCUGAAGAAAGCAUCGCGCGAGCUUCGCGGCGUACAGACGGGCAAUCUGCGACUGUUUCGCGGUGGUGCGGCGGGCAGCGUGAAUGGAGGUGCUGCUAGGGCCACUCAGCCCGUUCCGCCCUCCGGUCCGGGGGAACCUAAUCGAUCAGGCGCCAACCAAUCGGACACGGACCAAGGUUUAAGCGAGGAUGAACUAUCGCGAGCGACCCCGGGACGCUGUCUCUGUCUACGGUCGCGAUGUUGCUCCAGUGCCUCGGGACGUUCAAAACAGGGCCAGAAAGCGCUUAACGGAACCACGGAUCCCGCCAUCUCCGGGCCAGUGUCCACCACGAUGACGACGACUACAGCGGCGGCGACAAUGACUACAACCACCACCACCAGCAGCAGCAAAAGCCCGACCAAGUGGAAGGCGAUAAAAGUCGUGAUGUUCACGACGGGCAGCUUCGUCGUAACGUGGGUGCCGUACUUCAUCGCGAGCCUCAUGUACGUCGGCUGUGACCCGGUGACGAAUGGGGAGCUGUGCCGCAGCCUCCAGUUUGCCAUCGCCAGCCCGCUCGCCAUCCUCGGGUUCGCCAACAGUCUGCUCAAUCCGAUCAUUUACGCCUGGUGGCACAAUGGGUUCCGGGCCUCGAUGAAGCGGCUCGGCAGUAAGGUCAGAAGCCGGGUUUGCUGCUGCUGCUGCUGGUGCGGUGGUCGCAACCAGCGCGAGGAAGAUGAGGCCGGCCCGUGCGUCGUACGCUGCUGCCAUAAAUCAUCGCGCACGGCGCCAUCGGCCGAAGCGUCCGCGAACCGGAUCAGUGCGAACGGGAGCAGCAGCGAUGGACCUAACCGCCUGUCAAACCGCACGGUGACAACGACCGCGAGCCGCAGGUCACGCACCCAGCCCCACAGCGAUCAGGAAUUUUCCAUCACCGAUGAUACGGAUGUCGAGCAACCGUCGGGUAUGGUAAUCGGGACACGCCUCUAGUGGGCGGGGAAAAUUACCACCACAAAACCCCCUCGAGUGGGAGAACAUGUCGAGGACACGGCUCAUCAAAGCGCAUCGCCAAAAAUGUGUUCGCCCGAAAAAGUUGGGUCGUUCGGUCUGGAGCGACUGAACCGAACCGAUGGAUGCUUGGCUGUACUGCCGGGCAGCCUCAGGGCGCCAGUACGACGACGACGACAACGACGACGGCGGCGUCGACGACGAGUGUCCGCAAGUGGAGUUCAACAAAAAGCCAUGGAGAAUUAGAUUUAACUUACCAUGUAGUUACCACACACAUACACACACAGACAGACAGACAGACAUAUGCGGUUAAUGCCCCGUGGAUUGUCUUCACCAGUCGUACCGUGCCAUUGUGCAACUGCAGUCGCUCGAAACAAAACGCUAGAUCCAACAGA